CAAUGACACAGUCUCGGAAGAAAAAAAUGGCCCGUGGACCGGAGCGUGGACUCAUGGGACGUGGAGCCGUGAGCCCGUGGACUGUGGAGUGUGGACCGGACUGUGGACUGUGGACUGUGGACUGUGGACUGUUGUGGACUGUGGACUGUGGACUGUUGUGGACUGUGGAGUCUGGACUCUGGACUCUGGAGUCGUUGACUGUUACAAUGGGUUUUAAAAAAACAUAAAAUACAAUCAAAACUGGUAUUAUUAUUUCUUUAGCAGC